ACAGCCUCGCUCAUUAGACUUAACACAACUUUGUAAAUCUGAUUGAUUGGUCAUUCGUUAAAAAGCAGCUUUCCGCCACCCGUUACUAUUCGCGAUGACAAUGGCAUGCUGCAAAUCUCCAAAAUUGUGACUAAAAGGUAAUUAAGUUCUUGGAUACCAGGUGUGUUUUGUGUCUUCCCAAGAAACAGCCGAUAAAAUAGUAACGGGACAAACUAGCGGGCCAGUUGUGGAAAACAGGGACAGCGCUUCGGUACACGAUCUUCGGGAAAUACUCCGCUCAUGAGUGGAAGGAUGGCGCUCGGUGUCUAUGCUGUCCUCGUCAUCGGCUUAAUCUUAACGACGAGUCAAGUCCAUGGAGCUUUCCUUCCCGCCGACUGUCUCUACACCGUGACGAACGGCGGAGACUACCGCGGGAACGUCAGCGUGACGGAGAGCGGACUGUCCUGUCAGCCGUGGGGCUCACAGUCCCCCCACCGGCACGUCUACACGCCUGCAGACUACCCGCAGGGCGGACUGGAACAGAACUUCUGCCGCAAUCCUGACGGCAAGAACAGGCCCUGGUGCUUCACAACGGACCCUAGCGUCCGCUUCGAGUACUGCAACGUGUCACUUUGCCAAUUUCAGUUCCACCAGUUCAACGGCUAUUUCUACAAGUACGUGACGGACCCACUGAGGUUCACCCAGGGGAAUGACUACUGUCGGGCAGAGGGCGGCUACCUCGCUUCCAUUCACUCUGCUGAGGAGAACGACUUCGUCUAUUCCGUCGCCGGACCGACCGCCGGUUGGAUAGGCCUGACCGUAACAAACACGCGAGUGCUUGCGUGGCAGGAUGGUACGUCUGUGGACUACCAGCAGUGGCAUCCGGGCGAGCCGAGGUACUUCUACUCGCUCGCCUGUACCACCAUGUGGUCAAAUAAAGGCGGAAACUGGGACGACACCAUCUGCGGUGGUCCCGCAAAUUUCGUCUGCAAGAAACCGUUUGACAAGUGCCAGUCCGGUAUCGUGUCGUGUCCGGCCGGCUUCUUCUGUGACAACUUUCCCGGAGAGUUCACCUGUUACUGUGACUUCGGUAACUACCGGGACGGGGAAGUUUGUAAAGCGUUUCACGUCUGUCCUCAAGGCUGGGUCCGGCUCGAAGGCCACUGUUUCCGCGAGUUUAACCAGACUCGGCUCGGCUACUCUGACGCCCGGGCCUCCUGCGCUCGCGAAGGCGCCCGCCUCGCUGCCGUGACCAACAGCUCCACCUACCAGUUCCUCACGAACUACACCCACACGGAGGAGGACGUUUGGAUCGGUCUGCACUACGAGCCAGGUCAUGGAGCAUUCCUGGCGAGCGAUGGAGUUAACAUAACGACGAGUAUGUUUUUCUCUUCUGUAGGAAUUUCAGAUCAAGAAUAGUUUAAUGGUAGAAAU